CUAUUCUGCCCAUUUUCUUGUCAUACUGAGACGAUAUAAUCUUCCAUGCUCCUGUUCAGGACACAUUUGAGCUGACCGUGUGUGAGUCUCGGUGAAAAUGGUGAAGAGGAAGAGCUUGGAUGACAGCGAGCAGGAGAGCUGCGGAGGAAUACCGUUCCCCAUCCAGACCUUCCUGUGGAGACAGACCAGCGCGUUUUUGCGGCCGAAGUUGGGGAAGCAGUAUGAAGCAUCCUGCGUGUCGUUUGAGCGGGUGCUGGUGGAGAACAAGCUCCAUGGGCUUUCUCCAGCUCUCACCGAGGCCAUCCAGAGCAUCAUGCGCUGGGAGCUGGUGCAGGCUGCCCUCCCUCAUGUCCUCCACUGCACUGCCAUACUCCUCUCUAAUCGCAACAAACUAGGGCACCAAGAUAAACUUGGUGUAGCCGAGACCAAGCUGCUUCACACUCUCCACUGGAUGCUGCUGGAGGCAGCUCAGGAGUGCCACCAGGACCAGGGGCAUGGAUGGUCUGGAGGAGGCAGCAGUGGCAGCAGCAGUGCCUUCUUCCAGCCAUUGAGUAACCAAAGCCAUCUGGAACGCAAUGGCAGUACUCCAGAAGAGAACGAGUAUGCCCGAGCCAAACUUUACCACAAAAACAUGGCCACUGUAGAGCUGUUCGUUUUUCUCUUCGCUCCUCUUGUCAACCGCAUUAAGGAAUCUGAUCUUACAUUUCGACUGGCUAGUGGACUUGUCAUUUGGCAGCCAAUGUGGGAGCAUCGUCAGCCUGAUGUGCCUGCUUUCUCUGCCCUCAUCAAGCCCAUGCGCAAUAUUGUUACUGCAAAGAGAAACUCUCUGGUAAAUAACCAGUGUAGUCUCUGUGCUCCCAGCAACCCUUGCCCUACGGUGGUGUGUGAAUCUGCUCAAUCUGACUCCUCGUCUACUUCGGUAAAAGGCCAAAGCUGUCGCCGUGGCAACUCUGUGGAGAAAGGAGGCAUUUCACAGCAACCAUGCGAUCGAGGCCUCACACAGAAGAAGAUGUCAGCACCUGGAGCUAUCUCUGUGUGCCAGCGGGCACGCUACGCCACCUACUUUGAUGUGGCUGUGCUACGUUGCUUGCUUCAGCCCCACUGGACAGAGGAGGGUGUGCACUGGGCACUUAUAUUCUACCUGCAGCGGCUCAGACAGAUUCUCCAAGAGAAGCCUGAACGCCCGCCAGAACCCCCCACAGUACCCCUGCCUCGACCACGGAGCAGCUCCAUGGUGGCUGCAACACCAUCUCUGGUUAACACACAUAAAACACAGGACAUGACCCUGAAGUGUAAUGAGGAGGGGAGGUCGCUAAGCUCAGAAACCUUCUCAAAAAUAUCUAUUACCAAUCUCCGAAGACAAGCUAUCCCAGACCUCUCUACUGACGUGAGCAUGAACAUUUUCAAAAAGUUUAAGAACCGAAAGGAGGACAGAGAGAGAAAGGGCUCUAUUCCUUUCCACCACACUGGGAAGAAGAGACAACGGCGUAUGGGGGUGCCUUUCCUCAUGCAUGAGGACCAUUUGGAUGUGUCACCUACACGUAGCACCUUCUCGUUUGGGAGCUUCUCUGGAUUGGGUGAUGACCGAAGACCCCUGGAGCGAAGUGGCUGGCCCUCCAGUAUCAUGGGGAAGUUGACUCGUCGUGGCAGCACAGACACAGCGGGGGAUGUGGACAGUGUCGGAGUAAAACACUCUCACUCCCACCAUAACCUGCCUGACCACUCAAACAGCCACAGUGAUAACACCAUCAAAGAGGGCGUUCGUUCCCAGAUUUCUACUAUCACUAUGGCCACCUUUAACACAACAGUGGCCUCCUUUAAUGUGGGCUACACCGAUUUCUUCACGGAGCACAUUAAGAAGCUUUGCAAUCCCAAUCCCAUCCCUGAGAUGCCCUGUGAGCCACUGGCUUGCUCCAACCUACCACGCAGCCUCACAGACUCCUGUAUCAACUACUCAUGUCUGGAAGAAAGAGACAGCAUUGAGGGAACCAACAACUUUAUUCUAAAGAAUGGCAUGCUGGAUCUCUCUGCUGUCCUCAGAGCUGUGUAUGCCGUCCUCACUCAUGACAUUAGCUCACGAAUCUGCGAUGUGGCCCUCAAUAUUAUCGAGUGCCUCCUGCAGCUUGGUGUUGUACCCAGCAUGGCCAAGAAGGUUUCAAAACCAGAGGACAAGGUGAAGGACACAGACCUUUCUAAAGAAGGAACAAGCCAAGGUGGUGCUGGUGGGAGCAUGGCUGGUGGCACGGGGGCUGUUUCUAGUGGGGGAAGUGGAGAUGGUGAUGGAGGAGGUGAUGGUGGAGGAGGAGGUGGAGAAAGUGGAAGCGGAAGUAAAAAUGAUAUUAAAAACAACAAAGGAAAUAAGGACGAGGACUCUGACCUUAGCACCCACAGAUUAGCUCUCACUAUGCUUAUUAAAAUUGUGAAGUCUCUUGGCUGUGCUUAUGGCUGUGGAGAAGGCCAUCGCGGGCUUUCUGGAGACCGUCUACGCAUGCAGGCUCAGAACUGCCUGACCAGUCUGUACAAGCUAGAUAGAGUACAGUUCCGGCAAACCAUGAAAGAGUAUGUCAACAAGGAUUCUCUCAACAACAUAGUGGACUUUCUGCAUGCUCUUCUUGGCUUCUGUAUGGAGCCCAUCACUGACAACAAGGCUGGCUUUGGAAACAAUUUUGCAACAGGAGGGGACAAAUCUCUUGCACAGAGCAUGGAGGCCGUGGUUGUGGGCUGCAUGUUUAAAUCCCUUAUAACCAGAUGUGCGUCAACUACACAUGAGCUGCACAGUCCAGAAAAUCUGGGUCUGUACUGUGACAUUCGACAGCUGGUUCAGUUUAUCAAAGAAUCACAUGGCAAUGUUUUUCGGCGUGUAGCACUAAGUGCUCUAUUGGACAGUGCAGAAAAACUCAAUGCCACAAAGAAAUCUGAGGACAAAGAGGAGAUCAAGUCAUCUGGACAAAAAAGUGAAGAGCAGAUACCUGGAGCUCUAUUAGGAAGGAAGGACUUCUGGAGGAAGAUGUUUAAGUCUCAGAGUGCUGCCAGUGACACCAGUAGCCAAUCAGAACAGGACACAUCAGAGUGCACUACCGCCCACUCUGGCACCACCACGGACCGCCGCUCACGCUCUCGCUCCCGACGAAUCUCACUGCGCAAGAAGCUUAAACUUCCCAUAGGCAACUGGCUGAAGCGGUCAUCUCUGUCUGGCCUGGCUGAUGGUGUGGAGGAUCUCUUGGAUAUCAGCUCAGUGGACAGACUUUCCUUCAUCAGGCAGAGCUCCAAGGUAAAAUUCACCAGUGCCGUCAAGCUGUCAGAAGGAAGUGCUGCAGAAUACGGCCGGGAGGAGGAGGAGAACUUCUUCAAGAGGCUCGGUAAAUGGCGGUCUGGUCGACGGAAUCCAUCCAAGCUUCACCACACAGAGGAGAAAGAUGGAUGCCCUGGAUUUCCAGAGCGCUUGGCUUCAAACCACGAGGCAAUAAAGAAUAAGAACAUAGUGAAUCUGGGUGCCAUCAGACAGGGCAUGAAGAGGUUCCAGUUCCUCCUCAACUGCUGUGAGCCGGGCACCAUCCCAGAUGCCUCUAUCCUGGCUGCUGCACUGGACCUGGAGGCUCCGGUGGUGGCGAGGGCAUCUCUGUUUCUGGAGUGCGCUCGUUUCGUGCAUCGCUGUAACCGUGGAAACUGGCCAGAAUGGAUGAAAGGUCACCAUGUGAACAUCACCAAGAGAGGGCUUUCGCGAGGACGCUCUCCUGUCGCUGGGAACAAGAGAAACAAUAAGCUGCAGUGGAACGCAGCAAAGUAUUUCUACCAGUGGGGUGAUGCGAUUGGUACUCGUCUGAGUGAGCUGUGUCACUCAGAUAGCGAGAGUCCAGCUAACAUCCUGGGCUUUAUUUAUGAUGAUGAGAGCAAAAGGAGGGCGAGGAAAGAGGAUGAAGAGGAAGACUUCCUGGAUGACAGUACUGUAAACCCCACCAAAUGCAGCUGUCCCUUUGCUCUAAAGAUGUCUGCUUGUCAGCUGCUUUUAGAGAUCACAACUUUCCUGAGAGAGACUUUUCCCUGCCUUCCACGCCCACGAACAGAGCCUCUAGUGGAUUUAGAGAGCUGUCGUCUGCGUCUGGACCCAGAGCUGGGUCGCCAUCGCUACGAGAGGAAGAUCAGCUUUGCUGGAAUCUUAGACGAUGAGGAUGGUCAUGAUUCCCUGAACAGCAGUAGUCACACUAUUAAGUCUGAUGCAGGAUGUGAUGAAAAGAAAUCAUCACAAGAACCACUGGCUCCCACCAGAAAGAUCCGCAUCGGAGGUUCUCGGCUGCUGCAGAUCAAAGGGGCUAGGAGCUUCAAGGUGAAGAAAGGUGGUUCUUUGUCCUCCAUCCGCAGAGCUGGCAGUCUGAAGAGCACCAAGAUGUCUCGGCAGGACUCAGAGUCCGAGAACGACGCCGAGUCUGAUCGUCUGCUGUCUCAGAGCAGAGACACAGUCACUGAUAUUGGGAGCCCCUGGAGUGCCAGUGAGCCCAGCAUUGAGCCCGAAGGUCCUGGAAGCACCAGUGGAGUGGAUGACUACCACCGCAACAUGUCAUGGCUGCAUAUCAUGAUCCUACUGUGCAACCAGCAGAGUUUUAUCUGCACCCAUGUGGAUUAUUGCCACCCUCGCUGCUACCAGCGCCACAGCCGCUCCUGUACUCGCCUCGUCCGUGCCAUCAAGCUGCUUUAUGGAGAGACCGUCGAUAGCCUGAGAGAGAAUAGUUCCUGCAGUAGUUUUAGCAGCCGGGCCAAAAAGAGCAAAGAGUGCUCUGACAAGUCAUGUCUGCGCACUCCAUCUAUGAAGAGACGUCCUAAUGACAGCAAUGCGGAGGGGAAGAAAGACACAGGGAUGCUGAAGUAUAUUCGCACACAGGUAAUGAGUCUGUCACCAGCACCUCUAUCCCUGCUUAUAAAAGCAGCUCCUAUACUGACAGAGGAUAUGUAUGGAGACAUUCAGCCAGCUGCAUGGGAGCUGCUGCUUAGUGUCGAUGAACACAUGGCUGCUGCUGCAGCGGCAAUGUUCCUGCUGUGUGCAGUAAAAGUUCCUGAUGCUGUCACUGAAAUGAUGAUGGCUGAGUUUCAGCACCCGGAAGCAAGUCAGAGAAUUAACUCAGUGCUCAAGUUCUACACUGUCUGGAGGUUCCGCUACCAGGUGUGGCCUCGUAUGGAGGAGGGAGCACAACAGAUCUUUAAGAUUCCUCCACCUAGCAUUAAUUUCACUCUACCAUCCCCUAUUCUGGGGAUGCCAUGUGUACCCAUGUUUGAUCCACCAUGGGUGCCAUUGAACACUGGGACUGUUCCAGAUGCAAUCAGUGAAGAUCAGUCUAAAUCCUUCUCAGCUCGGGCCGUAUCACGCUCACACCAGCGUGCCGAGCACAUUCUAAAGAACAUGCAGCAGGAGGAUGAAAAGAGGAGACUGGGGCGUGAAGCCAGCAUCAUAACAGCCAUUCCCAUUGCUCAGGAGGCCUGUUACGAGCCCACCUGCAGCCCUCCACCCGAACAGGAGGAAGAGGAAGAUGUGUUAAAUCUGGCAUCUCGUCGUCUGUCUGUGAGCCCCUCUUGUGCCUCCAGCAACUCACACAGGAACUAUUCAUUCCGCCGCGGCUCAAUGUGGUCAGUGCGCUCAGCAGUCAGUGCCGAAGAUGACGAAAACACUACAGAACACACACCAACACAUCACAUGUUGCAGCCACCUCAGGCUGUGUUCCCAGCAUGCAUCUGUGCUGCAGUGUUGCCUAUAGUGCAUCUAAUGGAGGAUGGAGACAUUCGAGAAGAUGGUGUUGCAGUUAGUGCCGUGGCUCAGCAGGUGCUGUGGAACUGUCUGAUUGAAGACCCAGCUCUCGUUCUUCGGCACUUCCUAGAGAAAUUAACAGUCAGUAACAGACAAGAUGAGCUGAUGUACAUGCUAAGGAAGCUGCUCCUCAACAUCGGGGAUCUUCCUGCACAAACUUCACACAUCCUCUUCAACUACCUGGUGGGUUUAAUCAUGUAUUUUGUCCGGACACCAUGUGAGUGGGGAAUGGAUGCCAUCUCAGCUACACUGACCUUUCUGUGGGAGGUGGUGGGCUACGUGGAGGGCCUCUUCUUUAAAGACCUUAAACAGACCAUGAAGAAAGAGCAGUGUGAAGUGAAACUGCUGGUCACUGCCUCUAUGCCAGGAACAAAGACUCUGGUGGUUCAUGGGCAGAAUGAGUGUGAUAUUCCUACACAGCUACCAGUACAUGAGGAUACACAGUUUGAAGCCUUGCUCAAGGAAUGUCUCGAGUUCUUCAACAUACCCGAAGCUCGUUCAGCCAACUACUUCCUUAUGGACAAGCGCUGGAAUCUCAUUCACUAUGCCAAGACCUAUGUGCGAGACAUCUACCCUUUCAGGAGAUCAGUGUCCCCACAGCUCAACCUGGUCUUCAUGGAACCAGAAAAGGGGCAGGAGCUCAUUCAGAAACAGGUGUUCUCCAGGAAGCUGGAGGAAGUAGGCAGAGUUCUCUUCCUCAUUUCCCUUACACAGCGUAUGCCUGCAAUGCACAAACAGUCGCACGUCUCCUUGCUUCAGGAAGACCUGCUGCGUCUGCCCUCCUUUCCUCGCACAGCCAUAGAUGCCGAGUUCACUCUCUUCAAUGAGCCUCUGGGGAAAGAACUCUUUGGCAUGGACACUUUGCACAAGGUUUUGUGGAUCAAGCUGUUAGAGGAGAUGUUUCUGGGUAUGCCUAGCGAGUACCCGUGGGGCGAUGAGAUCAUGCUCUUUCUGAAUGUGUUUAACGGUGCCCUUCUGCUCCACCCUGAAGACAGUUCCCUCCUUAGGCAGUACACUGCCACAGCCAUCAACACCGCAGUGCACUUCAACCAUCUGUUUUCCCUGAGUGGCUACCAGUGGAUACUUCCCACAAUGCUUCAGACAUACGCUGAUUAUGAAAGUAACCCAUUGCUGCGUCAAGGCAUUGAGUUCUGCUGCCGGCAAUUUUACAUCCUCCAUCGCAAACCUUUCAUCCUGCAGCUGUUUGCCAGUGUUGCGCCACUGCUGGAGUUCACUACCUGCACCAGUACUGGACUGUCUAAAGGUGUGUCAGCACAGUGCCUGUUCGACCUGCUGGUGUCACUGGAAGGAGAAACAGCCGACCACUUGGAUGCUUUGGAGCUGGUCAAAGCUGAGAAACCACUACGUUCUCUGGAUUUUUGCUAUGGCAAUGAGGACCUAGCCUUCUCCAUCAGUGAAUCCAUUAAGCUAUGUGUAACAGUGGUGGCCUACGCUCCUGAGUCCUUCAGAAGUUUACAGAUGCUAAUGGUUCUAGAAGCGCUGGUUCCUUGUUACUUGCAGAAGCUGAAGAGUAAUAGCCAGGCCCUGGAGUCAGCGUCUGUAGCCAGAGACGAGAUUGCAGCCAUAGCUGCACUGGCAACCUCUUUGCAGGCUUUGCUAUAUAGUGUGGAGACAUUGACACGACCUAUGACUGCACCUCAAAUGAGCCGCUGUGAUCAGGGGCAUAAAGGAGGAACUGCUGCCAACCACACCAUGUCCGGAGGAGCAAAUACCAGAGAUAACCUGCACCUGCUAGAGGAGGGUCAGGGGAUGCCCCGGGAGGAACUGGAUGAGCGAUUUGCCCGUGAGGAGUUCCGUCGGCCUCGAGAGUCCCUGCUUAACAUCUGCACUGAAUUCUAUAAACAUUGUGGCCCACGACUAAAGAUCCUGCAGAACGUCGCUGGAGAACCCAGAGUCACUGCUUUAGAGCUUCUGGAUAUAAAGUCUCAUAUGAGGCUGGCAGAGAUUGCACAUUCGCUCCUGAAGCUGGCACCAUAUGACACUUUGACCAUGGAGAGCCGUGGCCUGCGGCGCUACAUCAACGAAAUGUUGCCCAUCACCGACUGGUCAUCGGAAGCAGUGCGUCCGGCUCUUAUCCUUAUCCUGAAGCGUCUGGACCGCAUGUUCAACAAGAUCCACAAGAUGCCCACGCUCAGACGACAGGUGGAAUGGGAAGCAGCCAGCAGUCUGAUCGAGGGGAUUUGCAUGACUCUUCAUCGCCAGCCGAUAAUUUCCUUUCUCCCACACCUGCGCUCACUUAUCAAUGUCUGUGUCAACCUGGUGAUGGGUGUGGUUGGACCCUCCAGUGUCGCAGAUGGUCUGCCAUUACUGCACUUAAGUCCUUACCUCUCUCCUCCUCUCCCGUUCAGCACAGCUGUGGUUCGCUUAGUGGCCAUGCAGAUACAAGCUUUGAAAGAUGACUUCCCGCUCAGUCAGGUGAUUUCACCCUUUACCAAUCAGGAGAGACGAGAGGGCAUGCUGCUUAACCUUCUGAUACCAUUUGUGCUGACUGUUGGCUCAGGAAGCAAAGACAGUCCUCAGAUUGAGCAAGCAGAGGUUUUCCUGCUCCUGCAGACGGUCAUCAACAUCCUGCUGCCUCCACGUAUCAUCAGCACAUCUCGGAGUAAGAAUUUUGUUUUGGAUGCAUCCCCGGCACACUGCUCCACCCCCGGAGAUACAGGCAAAGACCUGCGGCGCGAGGGACUAGCCGAGUCUACUAGCCAAGCCGCUUAUCUAGCUCUGAAGGUUGUGCUGGUGUGCUUCGAGAGGCAGCUGGGUAAUCAGUGGUACAGACUUAGUCUGCAGGUGAAGGAGAUGGCUCUGCGCAAAGUGGGUGGUCUUGCUUUCUGGGAUUUCAUCGACUUCAUAGUGCGCACUCGCAUCCCCAUCUUCGUGCUCCUGCGCCCCUUCAUACAGUGCAAGCUCCUAACUCAGCCGGCAGAGUCUCAGGAAGAGAUUACAGCCCGUCAUCACAUCGCCGACCAGCUGGAGAGGCGCUUCAUUCCACGCUCACUCUGCAAGAGCUCAUUGUUUGCCGAGUUUAACAACGAGCUCAAGAUCCUGAAGGAAGCCGUGCACAGUGGCUCAGCGUACCAAGGAAAGACAUCCAUCAGUACCGUGGGCACCUCCACAUCAGCAUACCGGCUGAGCCUGGCCACAAUGUCUCGCUCAAACACAGGCACAGGGACAGUUUGGGAACAGGACAGCCAGCCGUCCCGCCAGCCCUCACAGGACACACUGAGCCGCACUGACGAGGAGGAGGAGGAAAAUGAUUCCAUAAGUAUUCCCAGUGUGGUAAGUGAGCAUGAAGCUUUCUUACCCAGCUUAAUUACACAGCGCCGUUUCUCCAGCCAUGCCACAGGCUCCGCCUCCACACAGCCAGAGACGGGUCUAAGCACCAUGCUGCCCAGUCACAGUGAACCCAAUGUGCUAGAUGAAUCCCAAGGGCUGCUGGAGGAGGGUACCCUGUCACGGGUUGCAAGCGUCCAAAGCGAGCCAGGCCAUCACAAUCUCUUGCUUCAGCCACCACUUGGUCGAAAAAGGGGUCUGAGGCAGGUUCGUCGACCACUGCUGACCAUCCCACGGAUGCAGGAUGAAUGCCGUGGACGGCAAGGAGCCAGACUCUCAACUACUCGCAGGAGCAUUCAGCCCAAGAACAAAGCGGUUGAUAGAGUACAAAGUGACCAGAAGAGAUCAGUCACCUUUACAGAAUCCCAGGAAGCUUCUGGCAAGUCACCUUCUGCUACACCCACAGCCAGCACCGCUCUUCUAGGAGCGACUGGAACCAGAAGAUCUAGCCACUCGUCCAUAACUAAUGCUCCCACUGACACGCAAUCUCCCUCCAUCAGAGCUGAGCAACACACCCUAGCACACCCACAGGCCUCACCUGCUGCUGAGAGCAAAGACAAGCAAGAUAAGGCCAGUAGGAGAAGUAGCCUCUCCCCUACACCAUCCUCCUCCACUCCAGCCUCCAGGUCAUGCUCUCCCCUCCCUUCUUUCCCGAUGAUAAGCACUCCUGUCCGUCUGAGCCCGGCUCAGAUCCGUGAGAGUCCCGAAGACGAGGAAACAUCAGGACUUUUGGAGAACACCGACCCCUCGCUCCAGAUGCCUGAGGAUCACGGCACGGAAAACCCUCUCCUCAGCUCUCUCCUGACGUCUCAUUCAGUGUCUCCUCUCCCUCUAUCUCCUGUUGAUCUCGACUUGGACGAGUCUCAUGUCUGAAUGGGAAAAAAGAACUUUAAACUUCAGGGAAGGUCAGUAGAGGAGAGGGUACCAUUCGGCUGUCCAAAUUUCACCAUGCACCAUGACUGAUGGGGGAACAGGCAAGUGGUAGAUCUAUGUUAAUGACCAUAAGAGCUUAAAUUUCCACGUUUAUUGAAAAAUUUACAUUUAAUAAAAGGAUUCUUAUCUUUUAUGGAAAGAUUUUAGUCUAUUUGCUAUGUAGAUUACUGAAGUAAACCAAACAAAAAGUUAUUGUAAAUCUUAUUUGCUCUGGGAAAAUAUAAUCAGUGUAUUUAGUUAAAAUGUGUGAAGGUUUAAAUACAAGUCAAAAAUACAAGUAAUGAUUAGUUUAUUGCUGUAAAUAAAUGGUGUACACAAUACCACAUCUGAAUAUGCUGGAUAUUUAUGAUGAUCUAAAUUACAGAUGCAAGAUCACUCAAUAGUGCCCCUCCGGUCAUGUAGGAACCCCUAUCCUGUACAUCUGACAUAAUACUGUAGUAUUGUAUUCUGUAGGUAAACCUGGUUACUCUGUACAUACCUCAAACACAGUAGCUGUUAUUGGACUGGGUUUAGAUGAGGCGUCUAGUUCUGUGGGGGUUCCAGUAAGCAGGUGUAGCAAGAAAUUCCUUUGUUUUAUUCUAAAAGCUGAGUCUAGAGUGAGGCAACGUGUGCUAUGACGCUAACAUGCUUGGUAACAGGUUUACUUUAAGCUUUAAAAAUCAUUAACUCAACCUGUAUUCUCACAGAUUUUAGGGGACAUGACAAUUAAUGAAGGAUUUUAUGAUUACAACAGUUCACAAUCAGAUGAUGAACUGUACAACACUGUGAAAAGUAAUUUCUAUUAACUAUGAGCAGUUGCCAAAAUCAAACCACUCCUCACAAAUCCAGAUAUAGAAAAUAUAAUGCAUGCUUUAGGAAACAGUAUUGUAUGAGAAAUUGUUAUUCCUCUCACCCUUUCUCAAAGGGUAGUGACUGGGUAUUUGAGCUUCGAGCUAAUUAAUCCAGAGGUUGAAAAAUCUAACCUGCCAAAUCUAGAUUAAUUACACUAGCUUUUAGUCUAUACACAGUUCAGGCUUUGUUAAACCUGCUUGCUGGAAUAAGCUUCCCUGGAUCAUAAUUGUGGAAUAUAAUAUUAUUUAAUCUAAAUAUAUUGAUGUGCAUAUUAUACUAUGUAAUUGAUUUAGAUUCUAUUUAGCAUUAUAGAAACAAACAUUACACUUUAUAUUCUUUUUAUUUAACAAUCAAAUAUAUCUGCAAUAAUGCUGAUCAGAUGAUAUUUUCAAUAAUAAGUAGUUUUCCAGAUGCCAUACACAGGUUAAGCUUUAUGUUAUGUUUUUAAAAUAGAACCACACUAUAUUUGUGAAUGUUUAUAAAACCUGUAAUGUCAAACACAAUUCCCAACUAAAUGUCUAUCUAAGCUUAAGGAAAAGAAUUAGUAAGACUUCAAAAUCAUCAACUAUGUGUCAUAGGUUUUCUGUUAAACACAAGAUUUAUUUCACAUUUUGUUUUCUGACAUAAAAUGGUCCAUCCUACCAGCAGGUUAUGUACAAAAACACAAAAGUUUAACAGUGAUGUAGAGAUACCGUAUGUAAUCAAACAGUUAUAUUAUCAGACAAUGCAACAAACUGCUGUAGCUUAAGCUUACAAGGUGCCUGUGAGGAAGGAGACUGUCACUGUUUGUCAAUGUCUGUAAGUGCAAAUACGCAGUGUGUUGUGUGUCCACUGUUUUUUUUUCCUGCCAGUGAACCUGCUGCUACCUGUUGAGCUUGUGCAAUAAUAAAAUAUCUAAAAUAUUUAAAGAGAACUAAGGCUUUCUUUUUUAGGAACGAUUCUGAACGACAGAAAAAUACUAACAAUUUUAAAUGUGUUGUGAAAAAUGUUACAUUUGAACAUAAAGUACACACUAAUUCAUCAACAGCAACGCAGUCUCACAAAACUGGCCAUUUAUCAUAAAACUGGAGUACUAGUUAUUGAGUAGAUUUGGAUGUCGUCUCUGGUGCUUCAUUUCGAUGUAGACCAAAAAAAUAAUUAAAAAAAAAAUCUAUACAUCUUAUUUGUAUAACCCAGAUUUUUAUAAGAGCAAAUACAUUAAAACAACUUUUGUUUAAUAAAAAGCCAUUUUAGCUUUGUGAAACAUACCCUAAUCAUUCACUACCUAUACUGCUGGAAUUUGAGGCACAAAGUAGACUACACCCUAAAUAAGGAUGUCUAUCACAUGGCGUAAGCGCACAGAGACUCUUUUGGAACCUAAAAUGCAUACCUCUGAGUAGUAGGGGGGAAUCAGAGAACAUAAGGAAGCCACCAAAUUCUACGGAACUCAAACCCUCAAUCUAGGUGAAGCGAGGUCACAUUGUGAAUUAUUUUAAUGAAUGGCUAAUCUUUUUUUCCAGAUCACCUAAAGAAAGAUACAUUCCAGAAUCCAAGUUUAAAAAAAAUAUAUAUAUGAAAUUAUGAACCAUAAUAAUAAUUAAAAAACACAAGUAAAACUCUAUUGCUCCCCCUAAUGUCUUUACAGCCUUAAAUCUUUCAACUGUAGACUUGACUAAUAAAAACUAUUUCCAUCAAGCUGGUUCUAACUUUGCUGAGUAACA